GCCUAUCUCAACGUGCAUCAUGAUGUGGAGUCUGCAGUCAUUUGCUGACACAGGUUUCAAAGUUUCUCAAGCAGAACUGGGGUAUAUUCGAAAAUGUGCAUGUUGCCAGUCAAGGGUAACUGUUAUUUACAUCCAGUAGAGUCAUUUUGAUUCACUUCUGACAUUUAAUUGCUUUGUUCGAAUAAAAUAUUUUAACACUGACAUAAGGAACAAUCUUCUUCUUUGACCACUAAAGUUUAUAUUCUAAUGCUUUUGUAAAUUGUUUGUACUUUUGUUGAUACACGCCCUCUGCUGGUGUCAUUCAAAAUGACAAGAUAUGUAAGGUCCAGAGAAAUGACUCCCAAAUGGAAAAAAACAUACAGUAAACAUUUGUAUCUGGCUAAAUCCAUCACAGCAGUUAUAACCAACACCUGGAUAAGAAACUAGGCUCCACCUUGAAAAUUGCUCACUGACAAUAUUUGAGACUUUCUCCAUACUGGGUUGUGAAAGCUUUGCAUCAGCCUGGCUUUACUUGAGCUCAGCAGUGCUAUGACAGCAGCCUCAGCUGAUUUUCUACUCCCUAAACAAACAGACAAACAAAGUUCUAUUUGACAUAAGCUUGACCUCUUGAUCUCAUUCUGGUUAAUUAUGUAAGAAGGGAUUGGUCUGUCUCUCCUGGUCCAUGUGAGUUUCAACAGAACUGCCGGCUGCCAGUGGAUAUAAAAAGUGCUGCAAUAAUAAAAACCAAGAAGAGUUAUAAGUUUAUCUAAGUAUAUAUAUGUAAUAUCAUUUAAUUCUUUAACUCCUGACACCUGAAGAGGUUCAUUCACAAUCUGUGUGUGCAUUUGUGGGUCCAAAAUGCCAUGAUGUUUGACAAUGGAUUAUAUACGAUUCUUCUGUGGCUGUGUUUCCAAACAUACAGAAGGACAUCGCAGAAAAGAUACUAAAGAAACAUCCAUCUCAUCUAAUAAUAACCUGUUUUUUUGUGAUAUCGAUUUUACCUGAUGCUCCAGACAACAGUGGUGUGUUGCAGCAGGACAAAGUUGUCUUAAAUUCAAAGCAAACGUUUAAAAAUAAAAUAAAAUCCCAUGCUUGUGUUUGGAUCUUCCGACGGUGGUCUCUCAGUGAGCAGACCACUGAUCCAUAUUCUCUCCCGGUCAUAACAUUUAACCUCAGUCUGACCUCUUCUAAAGGCGUAACUUUGACAUGUGUCUCAGUCUUUUCCCUCUAGUUUGAGGUGGAACCUCCAGACCUUUGUGUCUGUGGUGCUUUCAGUGACUUAACCUUGUCUAUGGUCUUCUACUGACCCCUUUGGAACAACUCUACCCUCAACCCCUUGACUCCUAUUUCUUUCAACCUCAUUAAUGUGAAAGGGGCCUUUAUAUGUUACUUGUCAAAACUUGGCCUGCCCUCAGUCCCUUAUGACCCCACCUUAAGAACAUGGCCAACGUGUGUGUAUGCAUGUGUGUGUGUGUCGCUCUGUUGAGAAGCAGCAUGAGAAAACUCAAGGAUACAAAACAAUACAAUCAAUAUAAUAGAGGGGGCAUCUGUGUAAUGGUAGAAAAAUAUAAUAUCAUUCUUCCCUUUUUAACUCCAGUGAACUUUGACCCAUUGCAGCUGAAUAGAAAAAAUCUGCUAGUUUGUCGAUGUCAACAGGAUUAAAACCCAGAUUAAAACUUUUUUGUCACUGUGUGAGGAGCUCACUGUCUAAAACUAAACCUGGAUUGUCUGAUUAUAAUCUAACCUAGAUAAUACUGUCCAAGGUACUGUGUUUGUCCGACUGGGAAUUGUAGUAAAACCUGAUAUUUCAAACCUUGCCAUAUUCAGUAGUCAGAGUUGUGACAAUGUAACUCCUGAUGUAUGAACAUUAGUAAAACUGAUGAGAUUCGUGGGUCAUCAAAGGUGUCAGUUUGAAAAAAUAUCAGAAUACAUAGAUGAAGUUGUUCAUGUUCUAGUUUGUGAAAGACAUUGACAUAUUUAUGAAGUCAGGUGGCAGUGUUGUGUCUUUGACAGAUAAAAUGUCCAAACAAGGCCCCACACUUCUAGAUUUCAUUUGGAUCUCCAUAAAUCGUUCCAGUCAUGUGAUUUUUUUUUGUUUGUUUAAGAAUGUAUUUUGAGGCUUUCAUUGUGCCUUUGCUUAGAUGGUGUUGGAAUGGUACAUUUAACCUGGUGAGAGUUGAGGAGAGUUGUGCGGUGGUGAAAUGAAACCAACUAUUCAAGUGUUAACACACAUGGGAAUUGCUAAAACUUUGAACAACUCUGUUGUUCAAAAAGAAAGAAAGAAAAAAAAUUAAAGUACAGUUUUCUGUUAUGGAUCACACAGUGCAGUGAUGGUUAGCGCUGCUGCCGCACAGCCAGAAUGUCAGCAGUUGCUAUCUUGGCUUCUACAGAUGGCCUUCUUGUGUGGUGUUGGUCUCAUGCCCAGGAACCACAUUCAGAAUCAUUCAUAUGCAAAUGAGAUAAACUGGUCACUACACAUGGGCUGUAGGUAUAAAUGUGAGAGUUCGGUGUGUAACCAAACCUGACAUGAUGUGACUGUUGCUGCCCCAGUUAGCCUGGACAACAGUAUCGGUCAAAGAGAAAAAAUAAAUUAGAAUACUUUAUAAUAUUGCAUACAGUAAACUGAAGGAUGGAGAACCCUCACAGACGUAGCUAUUUGAUCAUGUUAGGGCAGAAUGGCAGGUUCAGACUCGGGCAGACAGGUCGAUGAACAGACCAAACUAAGAGCCACUGCUAGCUUUGUGGCAUUCCUCCAAAUGCAACAGAGCCAACAGCCUUCCAUUCUAGCUCCAAAAGCUUCAAAACCCAGAUAACAAUGUCCAUUUCUUAUGAACAGUCUGUGGAUGAAUAUCAGGUUGGAUUUAUGUGUGUGUGUGUGUGUGUGUGUGUGUGUGUGUGUGUGUGUGUGAGUGUGUGUGUGUAUGUUUUACACCAGGUCACAGAAACCAGGAAAAGCAUGAGGCAAAGCCAGCUGUUUAAACAGAGAUAAAUCUGGUCACAGGGCACAUGGGUACAAGUCAACGCAAGAAUUCACGCUCUCCGCUCACUAGGUCACGAAGCCAAAGGUUACCCUGCUUUGUUAUUAAAACAUACUGAACAGUUAAAAAUAAUAAGUUAGUCAAUGGCAAUAAGUGUCUAAUGAGAAACUGAUGCUUACGUUCAAAGACUUUUUUUUAUUCUUUGUAACUGGCUGUCUCAGGAGGCAACUAAAACAACUGAAACUGCCUUAGGACUAAUAAAGCUUUAAUCAGGAAAAAAAAAUUAAAAUAAAUUCCAGCUUUGACUGUGUUACAACCACUCUUCUAAAUUAGGAAAAACAGGCAGCAACUUUUAUGACAGUGUGAAGUCUUGAGUGUGAGAGGGACGUGCAGUCAGUGCACUCAAAGUUUUUUUUUCCCAACACCCUCAUCUGUCCAGGUACGUUCUGUUCUCAGUCCUGGUAUUUGGCUGUGUUAGGCGCACAUGCACGUAUAAACACACUCCUGCAUGCACGCACACACACACACACACACACACACACACACACACACACACACACACAUACACAUGGAUGGGAAAACAAAGGAUAAGGUGUCCUUGUGAGUGUUGGUAACAAAUCAAACUGAAUUAUGUUUACACCAGAAUAAAGGCACAUUUGUUUAAUUUGUGGUUUUCCUCCCAGAGCUGUGACUUAUGUGUUGAAAAUGUGUGACAAAGGUCAAACCGGGAUGCUGUGGUUAAAUGUGUUGUCAGAGUGUUUUCUUGCACGUAGUACUGAUUUUUGAACAAAGACUUUCCACAGACCAUGUUAUCUAAGUUCAGCUUCUUCAGAUUUUUCAUACUUAAGAGCAGAAUUUCAUUUUCAUUUAUGAUUUUACCUCUAAGAGGAAUGACCAUCUCAGUUCUAACUCGGGCGUUUGUGUCGUCUCAGACGCCUUUCUUUUUACAAAUUUAACAGAAACUCUUUUUGCCUCUAGAAAAUAUAUUCUCAGAGGAUUUUGUAUAAUUUCCUAAUUUGUUUUUCUCGCUUUUGGUGAAUUUUGUUUUGUAAACUUUUAUCUACUCUUUGAUGGAUUUUCUUUGACCUUGUGUUGAGCUUUAACUUGACAAACUGUCAUUUUACUUCAGUUGUUCCUAAAAGGUAAUUCAUACAGCUACAGAAUUAUGUUUAAAUUUCUGUUGUACACAAAAUAUGUAUGAUAUCUGAGUCCCUUUAGCAUUUUUCCUUCCACUGCAAUGUCCUUUACUGGUGUAGUAAAAGUGUCUCUCUUCUUCUGCCUUUUUCUCUCUCAGCAGGACAAUAUAGAUCGUUCCUCCAAUCACAGACAAGCUGAUCUCAUCGGUCCAGCGUUCCAGCAGUCCGUCAAUCAGAAUUCCCCCAGCCAUCAAGCAGAAGAUGAUGUUGAUCUUGAAGCCUUGGUGAAUGACAUGAACUCCUCCUUGGAGAGUCUCUACUCCACCUGCAGUGGUCAGCAGACAGAGUCCACACCACUGCUGCACAAUGGACAGACCACUUCCUCCAACCAUCACCAUCAUCAUCAACUUCAUCACACACAGCUGAGCCAUCCAAGGUCUGGUCAGCACUCACAAGGACCGAGCCACAUCUCUCCAGAACUACUGCCAUCUUCCUCCUCAUCAUUUGGAGACUCACCCCAGACCUCCCUCCGGAGGUCACAGCCUAUGCACAUUCUUGCUGUCAGGAGGCUGCAGGAGGAAGAGCAGCAGCUGAGGACGUCCUCUCUUCCGGCCAUACCAAAUCCCUUUCCGGAGCUGUGCAGUCCUGCGAGCUCUCCUGUACUCAGUCCUGGUUCCCUACCUCCUGGAGAGCCCUCCACUGGCAAAUAUAUUGUGAAGGUCUUCAACGAAGAUGGUAUGGGUAAAGUUGUGGAGAUCCCUGCCGACAUGACAGCCAAGGAUCUGUGCCAGCUCCUGGUUUAUAAAAGCCAUUGUGUGGACGACAACAGUUGGGUACUUGUUGAACACCACCCGCUGCUAGGACUAGAACGCUGUCUUGAAGACCAUGAGCUGGUGGUCCAGGUCCAGGCCUCUAUGAGCAGCGACAGUAGAUUCCUCUUCAGGAAGAAUUAUGCCAAAUAUGAGUUCUUCAGGAACCCCUUGACUUUUUUCCCGGAGCAAAUGGUUGCAUGGUGCCAGGAAACCAAUCGAACGAUUCCACCAUCUCAGCUCCUCCAGAACUUCCUUACAACCAGUAGUUGUCCAGAGAUCCAGGGUUAUCUGUAUGUGAAGGAGGUGGGAAGGAAGUCAUGGAAGAAAGUUUACAUGUUCCUGCGGCGCUCAGGACUCUACUGUUCCGUAAAAGGAACCUCAAAGGAACCCAGGCAUCUACAGUUACUCGCAGACAUGGAAGAAAACAACAUUUUCACUGUCAUCACAGGCAAAAAGCAGCAUGGUGCACCCACAGACUACGGCUUCUGCAUCAAGCCAAACAAAGCUCGACAGGAGCUCAAGGACUUCAGGAUGUUGUGUGCGGAAGAUGAACAGGGAAGGACCUGCUGGAUGACUGCAUUCAGACUGUUUAAGUUUGGGAUUGUACUGUACCAGAAUUACAAGAUUCCCCAGCAAAGAAAAACAUUAAUCUCACAUUUCUCAACACCUGUGCGGAGCGUGUCAGAGAACUCCCUUGUGGCCAUGGAUUUCUCAGGGAGAAUAGGCCGAGUGAUCGACAACCCCUUGGAAGCUCAGAGCGCAGCCAUGGAGGAGGGCCACGCAUGGAGGAAGAGGAGUCAGCGAAUGAACGUAUUGGGCUCCCACAGUCCACUGCACCACUCUUCACUAAGCUCAGUUAUCCACAUAGCACAGCUGUGGUUCCAUGGCAGGAUAUCGAGAGAAGAGUCUCAUCGAAUUAUCCACCAGCAGGGACAGGUAGACGGGAUUUUUCUGCUGAGAGUCAGUCAGAGUAAUCCCAAGGCGUUUGUGCUCACAUUGUGCCAUCACCAGAAAAUCAAACAUUUCCAGAUUCUGCCGUGUGAAGAGGACGGCCAAAUUUUCUUCAGCCUUGACGACGGUGCCACCAAAUUCACUGACCUGAUUCAGCUUGUGGAGUUCUACCAGCUCAACAGAGGAGUGCUGCCUUGUAAACUCAGACACCCCUGCACUGUCGUGGCCUUAUGACGUCUUCACAUCCUCUAAGUCCAUUUCCCUUGACCUGACUCUGCAUAAUACAAGCAAAACAAAAAGAAUUACGCCGUGGGGUGGUCCUUGUGUUCUUAUCUUUAUAAGAAGCUGGUGAAUUGACUGAUGUUUUAUUGUUCUUGUUCAUGUCACCGUGACUCCACCAGGAACUGCUGAAUUUUUUUUUUUUUUUUUUAGUUUGCAUGGGUGUUUCAGGAGUUGGAUGUGCAACUUUUUUCCUGUCAAGGAAAUGAACACUGCCAUGUGUGUCACCGCUGUUGCAGAAUCUUCCACAGCCUCACUUUCUGCAGUCAUGAAUAAGCUUGGACGCAAAUCCUUCAAAGGUUUAGGCGAGGACUGAAUUUUUAUUCUUCAUCUGGACAAUCGGCAGGAUUUUUUCUUUCUGUAGGACCACUCACUUUAACUUUUCAUCACACUUCCUCAGAGAAUAUACUGUAGAUGGAAAGUUGAUUGUUUUGCACUCAUCAAAUUGGGAGUGGCCUUUGCCGGUGCAUGACCUCACGUUACUUAACUUUGACACGGUGCCGCCGCCUUCUAGUGUCACAGGCAUGAAAGGACAUGAACUCUUCAACGUGGUCAAGCUUUGCAGGUUCUGGAGGGUUUCUGCUGAACUGUUUGGAGGUCUAAAACAACUCAAGUAUUUUAUUCUCUCUCUAGAAGAAAAAAAAAAAAGAAAGGAGAAAUCUGGACCUACCAGGACAAAGUCCUUGUUUGACACACUGUCUUUAUUGCCUGCCCUCUCAGAUAUCAUCUUCUUAUCUCUUAUGACACAGGGUUUCAUUGGUUGUAUAAGCACUCAUUUAAGUUAAGUUUGAUUUUUAUUUUUACAUUUGUUUUAAAAAAGGUCUUUAUUACUCACCUAAGCUACAAUGGAGCAUUUCUCCUACACAAUUCCUACAUAAAUUAGUUGGUACGAUCACAAACCAGAGCGACAUUCAGGGUAAAAUGAAUAAAAAUAAUGGAGUGAAGUGAGGACACUCAUCACCAAAUCAACAGUUUAUCAGGUCAAGCCAUACGCAGUAGUGCUGUCUUUGUUUCUCUCACAUUUAAGCUACCAAGUCGUGUAAAAGAUUUAAAAAAAUCCAAGAUGAUGACAAUGGAGAGCACAGUACAGGGUAACCACUAUAGUCUCCCUCAGGCGCUUUUAAUGACAACAAAAUUAAAGAAAACAGUCUGCAUCAUCACAGUGAAUCCUAUGGAUAACAUCUGUCUGAAAAGAUGACCCUGCUCACAUGUAGAAUAGUGUGCAUACAGUACAAACCUCUGAUAAACCUUGAAAAUAUGUUUUUUUCUUCACUGGAGGAAAAGAAAAGAUAUUUUAAAUCCCAAUAUAAUGCUGGUGGUAAAAUACAGCUCCAAACCAUUACAGAGCCUACCCCAAUCUGACAAAGGUUUCCAGUCAUUAAUAUAUUUUCUUUCUUUGCCUCCUCAAACUCUGACAUGCCAGACUUUUUUUACAACUUAACACUGGAAUCAAGUGCAUUUAAGAGCAUCAGAGAAAAGACUGACAUUCAACAAGAUUAAAUCAACCAGACAGUAGUCAAAGAUACUUCAUAACCUCCUCAUAAAAAAUAUUUCUCUAGAUUAUAUUUCAAAAGUAAACAGUAUAUCAUGUUGAACAAUAUAGAAAGCAGAGGCGGCCAAAAACUUAUGCACACUCAUUUCUACUAAACGAGUUGUCAAGGUUAGUAAAAAAAACUGAUAGUCGACCCUGUGACUGAAACAUCACAUAUCUGAAACAUUGAACAUCAGCUUACUGCUGCUGUUCAGUCGUGUUUUACACUAUCUCUGUUACAAUCAUCAAAUUUCCCACCUGACCAAAAUACAUGGAAUAUUGAAAUGAAAACAAUUGUACUAGACUGAGCACAACCUUUACUGCGUUGACCAUAGGGUUCAGUGCGAUUGUAGUUUUAACUAACAACAGCUGUUGACCUAAAGCCAGAUGAGGUCAGUUCAUCUCCUUACCAACCUUCAGUAUUUCAUUUUGGGUUUUCUCUUAAUUGGACCUAAGUGACCGAUGAUGACUUCAUGACACACGUCUGUAAAAUCUGGAACUAUGUUGACAUCAUGUGCAUGUGUGAGGCAAAGUCAAUUUUAGGCCCUGACUUGGAUUAUCUGAAGAAUGAUGAUAUCGAAGCAUGAAAUUGCUCUCACACUGUAGUUUUGCACAUAUACAAUCGUGUUCCUCAGAAAUAUUAAAAUAAGAAUGUUUAAUUGAAAAUAGAUAAAAGUAAUAAAAUAGUAAAAAUUAAUUGUAUAUUUUAGAGGACACUCUAAUCUAUCCUUUAAUUUUCAUUUUAUUAUCAAUGUCAAUUUGCAGGUCAAAAAAAGAUUAUAUAACAGUACCAAUAGCACAUAAUGCAACAUAACUUUAAUUUUAAAUGGAUAGGGAUGACUGUUACUGUCACUGAUUGACCAUUUUUAGGUAACAAUUAAUCAAAACCCAUUAUAAUGUACUGAGGAAAUAUAUACAUUUCUGACAUUGUAUCUAUUUAUUUAUUAUAUAUUUUCAUUUUCCCAUUUUCCCAGUCUCUUCUCUUGGUAAAGUGGCUCUGAUUCAACCUCUGUGAAAUCUCUCCAGUUAUUUCAUAUUUGUUUUACUACCUUGACGGUUUCACUGGCAGAAGCCCCCAUUGAUUCACGUCUAUUUGCCAACAACAUUAAAAAGUACAUGCAGGUUGAUUUAAGGCAAACUGAACAUCUGAGCUGCACAAUAGUGGCACUAAAUUAAGACGCUUUGCAUGGUCCCUGUGUACGAUGCAAUGACUCAAUCCUUUUUCUUCUUUUUUUUUUUCAAAGUUUUGUUGCAGCAAAAUGUAUUUAUUUAUCUGGAUGUGAUUACUUGAAAUUUGUUAGAUAUCUUUUUUUUUUCUCAGCGCUGUUCUGUACAGUCUUCUGUUGACAUGACAUAAAAUAAUUGACCAGUGUGAUUAAUUAAGAUUAUUAUUAUUACUACAAUGACUGUUGUUCUAAUGACCUAGCAUCAUUUAAGUUUGUUUUUUAGUUGUUGUUUUUUUUAAAGACAUUGUUUCAUCAUCAUCCACCCUUGUUCUGAGGUGAUGUUUUAAAGCACACCAACAUCGAUAGUAUUAACAAUGCAAUUCUGAUUAAUGACAAUUUGAAUGAUGUGAUUCCCCCCAACUUUUUUUCAAAGUAUGUCAAACUCCAAAAACAUUGUUAUAUAUAUUUCCAUAAUGAUUAAUGGCCAUCUCGACAAAAAAUGAAAUUGAGUCACAGAUCUGUAAAAGUUUUGUAGAACUCUGUUAAAAUGCCUGUCCGUUAAGAAAAUAUUAUUAAAAUAAGUGUAAACGUGGGAAAACAAAACCCUUUAAAUCCAUUCAAUUUAAAACAAUAUCCAAUGCAAAAAAAACUAACAAUUUUAUUACUUGCUUGAAUGUAAGAUGUCAGAUUUAAUAGAAAUUGUUAUUGAGAUCUCAAUUAAGUCAAUGAAUUGACUGUUAAGUCUUUACUUAAACAUUGGUGCUUGAAAUUUUUAAUAGUUAAUUUGAAUACUUUCUACGCAAAUUACUUACUGCGUUGAUUAUUCUCUCCCCCAGUAUUGUUUAUGGUGGCAGAUGUUAGGCCAGAGUGCCAGGUCACAUGACCUUUGAGGCUCAAAAUGCAAAAAUGUUGGAAAGGAAGAUCUUCUGUUUUUCGGUGCAGACAAGAAAAUUAAAGUAAUGUGUACAGUUAAUUCACAUUUUAACACUUACAGAGAUGAAUGUAACUGGGUUGCUCAGGGUUGAAUGGGAGCAUGUUAAAACUACUGGUCUACCACCUUUAUAUGACUUUUUUUGUACAGGAUGAUGAUGAUGAUAAUGAUGAUGAUGAUGAAAUGAUGAAGAUGAUGACUCCCUAAUGUUGUAGAUUCAUUACGCUGGGAGUUUGUUGAGUUCUCGCCAUGGUGUGCACACAUUAUCUGCUAGUUGUGAUUACUUGAAAUAGCCUUCAAACAAAAUUAAGUAGGUCCAAUACUAUGUAAAGAGGACAUUCAGUUCAAAUGUGUUUUUAAAAUUUUCUUAAAAACUUUUUAAAAAUGUUUAAUUAAAAAAGGCCUGAACUAGUUACCUGGAUCCCUAAGCUGAUUCAGCCUAAAACAAUGAUAAAAAAAAAA